GUCGACGCUCCCUUAACCUACCUGACCCAUCCCAUAUUAUCCUCCUCAAGACGCAUUGUCAUCCGUCAUCGCGAUCGCGGCCUUCAUACCUUUCGACAACUUGACACGUUCGCUGCUCGAGCCGCACUUUCCAGCCAACCGACCACAGCACUCGCUCCCCCUGGUUUUAGAUGCUCUCCUCUGCUUAAUCUUCACGACUCCCAAGGGCUGGGCGAGGUGCUUCAUUGCUGUACAAUUCUCCACCCUCACCUCGGGACCGGGAAUUCGACUUCCACCCAGUGCCCUGGAUGUUGCCUUCUUAUUCUUCCUCAGCCUCCAAGGUGGUGCCGCGGCAUCAUGCGAGUGGUUACUCCAAUGGAUAUCCAAGGGGGAACACGUUCGAGAUCUCCCCCCAUAGAUACCAACCACGAGCCUCAACACCCGCGAAUCGUCGUCGUCAGCGUCUAGUAACCCGCCUCAUCAUUGUCGCCGUCGUCGCCAUCUUCUUUCUCGUCUUCGUCUGGCCGGGAGCCUCCCUGACUUCCAUCUUCUCCCUCGGCCUGCUGUCCGCCAGCAGCGACUUGCAAUUGGAAACAGUGCGAUACUACGAUCUCAGCAAUGUGCAGGGGACUGCUAGGGGAUGGGAGCGGGAGGAGCGCAUUCUUCUCUGCGUCCCUCUGAGAGACGCCGAGUCACAUCUGUCCAUGUUCGCCUCCCAUCUGCGCAACUUCACCUACCCCCACCACCUCAUCGACCUUGCCUUCCUGGUCUCCGACUCCAAGGACCGCACCCUACAGGUUCUCAACGAUAUGCUGGAGGAGAUUCAGGCCGACGAGGACCCCAAACAACCUUACGGCGAGAUCUCCAUCAUCGAAAAGGAUUUUGGACAAAAGGUCAACCAGGAUGUCGAGAGUCGUCACGGAUUCGCGGCACAGGCGAGCCGAAGGAAGUUGAUGGCCCAGGCCCGUAACUGGCUACUCAGUGCCGCCCUGCGGCCAUACCAUUCCUGGGUGUACUGGCGCGACGUUGACGUCGAAACCGCCCCAUUCACCAUCCUCGAAGAUCUCAUGCGUCACAACAAGGACGUGAUUGUGCCAAAUGUUUGGCGACCUUUGCCCGAUUGGCUCGGCGGAGAGCAGCCGUAUGAUCUCAACUCAUGGCAGGAAUCAGAAACGGCGCUAGCUCUCGCGGACACUUUGGACGAAGAUGCCGUGAUCGUUGAAGGUUACGCCGAGUAUGCAACUUGGCGACCGCAUUUGGCAUACCUGCGAGACCCGUAUGGCGACCCUGAUAUGGAGAUGGAGAUUGAUGGAGUGGGCGGCGUCAGUAUUCUUGCCAAGGCCAAGGUCUUCCGGUCUGGAGUACACUUCCCAGCUUUUAGUUUCGAGAAGCACGCUGAGACGGAAGGAUUCGGAAAGAUGGCGAAGCGCAUGGAAUACUCUGUUGUCGGUCUGCCGCACUACACGAUCUGGCAUCUUUACGAGCCUAGUGUUGACGACAUCAAGCACAUGGAGGAAAUGGAGCAGGAGAGGCUUGCUAGCCAAAAAGAGGAAGAAGAAAAGGCCGAAAAGGCUAAGAAGGUCAAAGAGCAGUUCGGCGAUGCCAGCAGCCAGUGGGAGAAGGACAAGACUGAUAUGCAAAACCUCGUCGUCGGAGAGAAGAAGAAAGAGACGAAGGGCACCAAGGAAGACACCAAGGAGGUCGCCAAGGAGGGCAAGGAGGCCAAGUCGCCCAAAGAUGCCGACAGCAAGCAAGCGGAUACAAACAAGAAGGCCGCAGCAGUAGACAAGAAGGAUGCAGAAGGCAAGUCAGACAAGCCGGCAAAAAAGGAAAAGGACGGAAACGGCGCAGCAUUCGCCAAGAAGGCUGAGAGCUGAGGAGGAUAAAUCUAGUAGGACGACUCCCUACCGUCGAACAUUGCUGGGUUCUGUAGCUGUUCUUGAUGAACAAGUAUCGGUACGCAGUUUGCCACCAGCAGACAGCUUGUGCAAUCGAUACACGGGGAUAAAAAGCAGAGUCGAGCCGUGUUGUCAACUUUUGUUGUACACUAGGAUAUCUGCCACCGGAUGGUCUGGAACAAGGGGAUGUUGUAGGAAGGCGUUGAUUUAUCUUGGGGCCCAAAGACACGGGCAACGCAUCGGGC